AUGCCCCACAUCGCACUGAACCCUGGACUUUCUCAGUAUGCCUUGUGGAGAGACUUCCACGAAAAGUAUCCCGACAAAUCACCAGCUACUUACUCUUGUUACCACCAAAAAUUCCGUGACGAUUUUUCCCAAGCAGUGAGCAAGUACCUCAGGGAACGUAGAAACCUUCCAGCGAGACCAGAGGUGACGCUGAUGAGGAGGCCAGAGGGUCACUCCGAGGAGCACCCAGCUUUCUCGAAAGAUGAAUGGGCUGUGGCAGUGCUAAAGACAGGGUGGAACACCAAGUACCUUUCUCUUAUCUUGUACCGCAUAUUUGUCGUGGCUGUCAUAUCCGUACAUACCCGAUCCCAAUCUGACUCCCAGACCCCCAUCAUCACCACCUCCGGAGUCCUACCCUACCGCUGUCCGUUCCGAUAUUCACCUUCGGACCUGACACCACUCCUCCCCUCACCCCUCAUGCCACCUCCACCCUCCCGUCCUUCUCCUACCCUAUCUCCGUUCGCUCCGAUACUCAUCUUGGACCGAACAUCACUCCUCUCACUCCUCUCACUCCUCCUCCCACUCCUCCUCAUGACACCUCCACCCUUCCAUCACUCUCCUACCCUUCUCCCAUCUGCUCCGACACUCACCUUCGGACCCGACACCUUUCCUCUCCUCCACUCCUCACGCUUUUCCUCUCUCCUCUCUCUUCCCUCUGACUCUCUUCCGCCGACCCUCCACCAAGUUACAACCUUUCGCCGCUGUCCCAUACCCCAUACUUGGACACCGCUCAUACCUUCGCUCUGA